AUUGUGAUACACAAAACGCAGUUUGAGAUUAAUUGAAUUGAAUUCCUCAAAACGCCCAUCCAAACCAAGCUUCAGAUCCAACCCACUCAGCUCAGAUCUCUCUCUUUUCCUCUUUUUCUCAAUCAAUCCACACAGUUCAUACACUAGCUGUGUUACAAGUCAACAAUUUUUGUUGCUGAAGUUGGUAAAAAUUGAAGAUUUUGUUAAAAAAAAUCAACUUGGAUGGAACAUGGAUAUUUAUAUGUAUAUAUACAGUAGGAGAUGGUACACAUUGAAUUAGAUUCAGAGAGUUGUAACUUUAAAGGGAUUAUAAUUGAUGAUUUUGAUAGUGGAAGCUUAGGAUCCGGCAUUCGUAGAGAGCUUUCAUUUUCGCGUUGGUGCGACGACGAUAAGGGUAAUGAUGGUGGUGUUGAUGAGGGAAGAGUUGUUUUGGAUCGGGAAUUAGGUGACGAGGAUGUUAGUUUAGAAGAAGAGACUGUUUUUGAGUUACCCUUUGUUGAAAAGAAUGAGGUGCAAGGGAGAGUUUUAGAUAGAGAGAGGUUUUCUUUUGAUAAGUUUCAGCUGGGAAGGAGUUUGUCGAUGAAUGGUGCUAGUGCGAUGGAUGAUGAAUCUGUUCAUAGGAGAGGUAAUGGAUCUGAGAAGUAUGUGCCUUUUGAUAUUGAGGAUAGUCCUGAAAGGGGAACAGUUCAUGGUGGUGACUCCUAUGUUUCGGGAGGCGGCGCUGGAUCGCUGGAUAAAAGCUCCGAAAAUAUUGUUCCUGUAGCAAAUAUCUUGAAGACAAUGUUUUUCAUAUUUGUGUGGUACACUUUCAGUUUAUUUUUAACAUUGUAUAAUAAAAGUUUGUUGGGGGAUCAUAUGGGAAAGUUCCCGGCGCCCUUUUUAAUGAAUACUGUCCACUUUUCAAUGCAAGCUGUUUUAUCAAAAUUUAUCACUUGGUUUUGGGCUGAUAAAUUUGAGACUAAUGUUGUCAUGUCUUGGAGGGAUUACUUUUUGCGAGUUGUCCCGACUGCUCUUGGAACAGCUAUGGAUGUUAACUUGAGCAAUGCAUCUCUAGUUUUCAUCUCUGUCACAUUUGCUACAAUGUGUAAAUCUGCUGCUCCAAUAUUUCUUCUCUUGUUUGCUUUUGCUUUCCGGUUGGAGGCACCAAGUUUUAAACUAUCGGGAAUCAUUUUAGUCAUUUCCAUCGGCAUAUUACUAACAGUUUCAAAAGAGACAGAAUUUGAAUUUUGGGGAUUUGUACUUGUCAUGCUUGCUGCUGUUAUGUCUGGAUUUCGGUGGUGUAUGACACAGAUCCUUUUACAGAAAGAAUCCUAUGGUCUGAAAAAUCCACUUACCCUGAUGAGCUAUGUAACUCCAGUAAUGGCUGUGGCAACUGCACUUCUUUCGCUUGCUUUAGAUCCAUGGGAAGAAUUCCGAGAAAACAUGUACUUUGAUAGUUCAUGGCAUAUAGCUCGAAGUUUCUUACUGAUGUUCUUUGGCGGAACACUUGCCUUUUUUAUGGUACUAACAGAAUAUGUUUUGGUCUCUGUAACUAGUGCCGUCACAGUCACAAUAGCCGGAGUUGUUAAGGAGGCCGUCACCAUAUUGGUUGCCGUAUUAUACUUUCAUGAUGCAUUUACUUGGUUGAAAGGAUUUGGCCUAUUCACUAUUAUGAUUGGUGUCAGUUUGUUUAAUGUGUAUAAAUACCAGAAGCUUCAGAAGGGUCAUGCAGGCGACAAUGUGGCAGACGAUACAAAAGAUUCUGCAACGAAAUAUGUUAUUCUUGAGGAGGUUGAUGAACAAGAUGACGGCAUAUGAAAACCUAUAUGGACCACAUAAUUCAUAUCCAAAACUUAAGCAACAGUUUCUAAAAAGACCAAAGGGCACAAAAUUAUCUUCUGGUGCCUUUGCCGUCUCAUCAACGCCAAUGGUUUCUUCUAUUCUGUCAGAAUAAGUGUUUAAUCGGUACAGAUUUUGGCAUUCUUUCGAGUUCAGAAGAUAUAUGUUGUAGAUCACAAUAGGUUGUUUAUAAAUAAAUUUUCUUCAUUUUUGCUUCCUAGUAUUGUAUUAAAAAUUUUGGUAAAAAAGUAUUGUAUUAAAUUUUGUUUUUUCAGCCAUGUUAAAAAGCUUCUUAACACCAAA